AAUCAACUUGUUCAGAAGCAUCUACAUUCUGCAUCAGCCUCCUUCAAGCUUCUCUUCACAGCUGAGCUGAGAGCGAUGAAUCCUGCAAACCCGACUCAACAGUACCCAGCUGAGACCAUCCCCUUCCAUGGAAUGAGAUACGAUGGGCCCCCUGGACAACCUGAGAGUUCUACCCAAAAUGUUUGGCGGCCAGCAACAAAUCCUGCUUACCCAACUCAAAACUACUCAGCUGAGACUGUUCCCUUGCAGGGGACAAGGUACGAAGGCCCCCCUGGACAGCCUCAGAGGUCUACAGUGGUUCAGUACACCACUGUGGACAUGAACUCUGAGCUCCCCAAUGACCACAUCAUCUGGUCAAUCUGCAACCUUGUCUACGGAAACCCUUUUUUUCUUGGACUAGCAGCUCUCAUUUUCUCUGUCAAGGCCAGAGAUCGGAAGAUGUUUGGAGAUCUGAAUGGUGCCAAACACUACGGUGACACUGCUCGCUGCCUCAACAUCUGGGCCACAGUCCUGAUCUCCCUGACACUCCUUAUUGUCUUCAUUGUAGUCAUCGUUACAUCUGUAACUGCAGCUCGUGCUAUCCAUUCCAUUUCAAGCAAUAACUAUUAUUCCAGAGGAUAAAUGAGUCUUUGUGGUGUAACUUAUUUGCCACCAUGACAUGAUACUUGUUUCUGCUCUAUUUUUAAGUCCUGCAUAUCAGCCAUCGUUCUUUUUCAACAGUUUAAUCUGCCAUUAAAAUUUUCUCUGUAUAGCAGCAUAAUUUUUCUCUUGUGUUCUCUUUUUCUUUAUCAGUAACUGAUGAAAGACAUGGUCAUAUAUUUUCUUUUAUAUGUCUUGACAGAAAAAAUCUUAAAUGGCUAAACUUCACUAUAUACGUUGCUGCCGCUUAGUUUUUUAUGAGAUAAAUGGUUGCUGAUGGAGACAUAACAUGUCAAUUUACCAGUAAGGUAGUGAAGAAGUGCAUUUUUCUACUGUAUGCUACAUGAAACCUCCCAGCUCACAUAUUCAGUGAAAGGGACCAGCCGGUGAAUUGAAACAUUCAGUAUGUUGUGGAAUUAUGAUGACUUACAAUCAUCAAGAAAACAGUCUCCUAGAAACAUGAGAUUUCAUGUCAGUUACAAACUGAGAUUCUCGAUGUCAAAGUUAAAAUAUGUAUUUUUCUUUUCUAUUA